UUCGAUCGUAAUAGUUGAUACGCCAUUUUGUUAUUUCUCUUCGUUAUUCGUGGUGUAAUUCACGCUGAAUAAGAUUUUUAACUAUUUGUGUACGAUUUUGUGUUACUUAAUUUAAAAUAAAAUAAUGUAUGAUACAGAAGAUGAUCAGUAUGAAGAGGAGGAGGUCGAGGAAAUAUCUUCUGAACUAUGGCAAGAAGCAUGUUGGAUUGUAAUCAACGCUUACUUUGACGAAAAAGGUUUAGUUCGACAGCAAUUAGAUAGUUUUGAUGAAUUUAUUCAAAUGUCCGUUCAACGCAUAGUCGAGGACUCUCCUCCUAUCGAAUUACAUGCUGAGGCCCAGCAUUCAUCAGGUGAAAUUGAAACUCCUCCAAAAUAUCAUCUCAAAUUUGACCAAAUUUAUUUAUCAAAACCAACACACUGGGAAAAAGAUGGUGCUCCGUCACCUAUGAUGCCUAAUGAAGCACGUUUAAGAAAUUUAACUUAUUCGGCGCCACUUUAUGUAGAUAUAACAAAAACGAUUGUAAAGGAAAAUGAAGACCCCAUUGAAACUCAACAUCAAAAAACUUUUAUUGGAAAGAUACCAAUUAUGCUGCGUUCUACAUAUUGCCUUUUGAGUAAUUUGACUGACCGUGAUUUGACUGAGUUAAAUGAAUGCCCCCUUGAUCCAGGUGGCUACUUUAUUAUAAAUGGAUCGGAAAAAGUGUUGAUUGCUCAAGAAAAAAUGGCUACAAACACUGUAUAUGUAUUCAGCAUGAAAGAUGGAAAAUAUGCCUAUAAAACAGAGAUCCGUUCAUGUCUUGAACAUAGUUCAAGACCCACGUCUACUUUGUGGGUAAAUAUGAUGGCUAGAGGAGGUCAGAGUAUUAAGAAAUCUGCCAUUGGUCAAAGGAUUGUUGCCAUUGUACCAUACAUCAAGCAAGAAAUACCGAUCAUGAUUGUCUUUAGAGCUCUUGGUUUUGUAGCAGAUAGAGAUAUUUUGGAACACAUAAUUUAUGAUUUUGACGAUCCAGAAAUGAUGGAGAUGGUCAAACCUUCUUUAGAUGAGGCAUUCGUUAUUCAAGAGCAAAAUGUUGCUUUAAGCUUUAUUGGUGCUCGUGGAGCUCGUCCAGGAGUUACUAAAGAAAGACGAAUAAAAUAUGCUCGGGAAAUUCUACAAAAGGAAAUGUUGCCACAUGUUGGUGUCUCUGAUUUUUGUGAAACCAAGAAAGCUUAUUUCCUGGGUUACAUGGUCCACAGACUGCUGUUAGCUGCAUUAGGACGUCGUGAACUGGAUGACAGAGAUCACUAUGGAAAUAAGCGUUUGGAUUUAGCUGGGCCAUUACUGGCUUUUUUGUUUAGGGGUCUGUUUAAAAAUUUGCUAAAGGAAGUAAGAAUGUAUGCUCAAAAGUUUAUUGAUAAAGGUAAAGAUUUCAAUCUUGAAUUAGCAAUAAAGACAAAAAUUAUUACUGAUGGUUUGAGAUAUUCUUUAGCUACAGGAAACUGGGGUGAUCAGAAGAAAGCUCACCAGGCAAGAGCUGGUGUAUCUCAAGUAUUAAAUAGAUUAACAUUUGCUUCAACUCUAUCACAUUUAAGACGUGUUAAUUCUCCUAUUGGUAGAGAUGGUAAAUUGGCAAAGCCUCGACAACUUCAUAAUACUUUGUGGGGUAUGAUUUGUCCAGCAGAAACACCAGAAGGAGCAGCUGUAGGUUUGGUAAAAAAUUUAGCUUUGAUGGCUUACAUUUCUGUUGGAAGUCAACCAUCACCAAUAUUGGAGUUCUUGGAAGAGUGGUCUAUGGAAAAUUUGGAAGAAAUUGCACCCUCUGCUAUAGCUGAUUCCACAAAAAUAUUUGUAAAUGGUUGUUGGGUAGGUAUUCACCGAGACCCUGAACAAUUAAUGGCCACUCUACGUAAACUUAGACGUCAGAUGGAUAUUAUUGUAUCAGAAGUUAGUAUGAUAAGAGACAUACGAGAUAGAGAAAUAAGAAUAUACACUGAUGCUGGCAGAAUUUGCCGUCCUUUACUUAUUGUUGAAAAUGGAGCAUUACUACUUAAAAAGAAACAUAUUGAUCAGCUUAAGGAAAGGGAUUACAACAAUUAUGGCUGGCAGAACCUUGUAGCUAGUGGUGUUGUCGAAUACAUUGAUACAUUAGAGGAGGAAACUGUAAUGAUUGCUAUGAGCUCAGAUGAUUUGGCCCAGGUUAAAGAAUAUGCCUAUUGUACUACAUACACACAUUGUGAAAUCCAUCCAGCAAUGAUAUUGGGGGUAUGUGCUUCAAUUAUUCCCUUUCCUGAUCACAAUCAGAGUCCAAGAAACACAUAUCAAAGUGCUAUGGGUAAACAAGCCAUGGGAGUUUACAUAACAAACUUCCAUGUGAGAAUGGACACUCUUGCUCACGUUCUGUAUUAUCCUCACAAACCAUUGGUCACUACAAGAUCUAUGGAGUAUCUACGGUUCAGAGAGCUACCAGCUGGAAUUAAUUCCAUUGUAGCAAUUUUAUGUUACACCGGAUAUAAUCAGGAGGACAGUGUUAUUUUAAAUGCAUCUGCAGUUGAAAGAGGGUUCUUCAGAUCUGUUUUUUACCGUUCAUACAAAGAUUCUGAAUCCAAAAAGAUAGGUGAUCAAGAGGAGCAAUUUGAAAAACCAACUCGCCAAACAUGUCAGGGAAUGAGGAAUGCUCUAUAUGACAAACUAGAUGAUGAUGGGAUUAUUGCUCCGGGUAUAAGAGUAUCUGGUGAUGAUGUUGUCAUAGGUAAAACUAUAACACUUCCAGAAAACGAUGAUGAAUUAGAAGGCACUACUAAACGUUUUACUAAAAGGGAUGCAUCUACCUUUUUGCGUAAUAGUGAAACUGGUAUUGUUGAUCAAGUGAUGUUGACCUUGAAUAGCGAAGGCUACAAAUUUUGUAAAAUAAGAGUCAGAUCUGUUCGAAUUCCACAAAUUGGUGACAAAUUUGCCUCAAGGCAUGGACAGAAAGGAACAUGUGGAAUCCAAUACAGGCAAGAAGAUAUGCCGUUUACUUGUGAGGGACUUACGCCUGAUAUUAUUAUUAAUCCUCAUGCUAUCCCAUCUCGUAUGACAAUUGGUCACUUGAUUGAAUGUAUUCAAGGCAAAGUGUCUUCUAAUAAGGGAGAGAUUGGAGAUGCCACUCCAUUUAACGAUGCUGUAAAUGUGCAAAAGAUUUCGUCACUGUUACAAGAAUAUGGUUACCAUUUGAGAGGUAAUGAAGUUAUGUAUAAUGGCCACACCGGACGUAAAAUUAAUGCUCAAGUGUUUUUGGGACCUACAUAUUAUCAACGUCUAAAACAUAUGGUUGAUGAUAAAAUUCAUUCCCGAGCGAGAGGACCAGUACAGAUUCUUGUGAGACAACCAAUGGAGGGAAGAGCUCGCGAUGGAGGUUUACGUUUUGGGGAAAUGGAGCGAGAUUGUCAAAUUGCACAUGGUGCUGCACAAUUUUUGAGAGAACGUCUUUUUGAAGUAUCUGAUCCAUAUCGCAUUCAUGUAUGUAAUUUCUGCGGAUUGAUAGCAAUUGCCAAUUUAAGAAACAAUACAUUUGAGUGCAAAGGUUGCAAAAAUAAGACGCAAAUUUCUCAGAUACGAUUGCCUUAUGCUGCUAAAUUGUUGUUCCAAGAAUUAAUGUCUAUGAAUAUCGCUCCAAGAUUAAUGGUCGUAAAUUAAAUAAGAAAGUAAUUACUGAGUCCUAAAUGGUUUGUUAUCUUUAAUAAUAGAAAUAAAUUUCAUAAUAUAAAA